AGUCCGGUCACGUGAUUUACCAGAAAACGAAUCUAAAAGGGCAUGAUCACCCUUAAUUCGGGUUUUCUACCGCUUGUUAAUUCGGAGUUGGAGGGAGCCUUUUAGCAAUAUGUAAACAGCCUCGAUAUUUUCCUUAGAAGCAAAACAUUUUUGACAAAAAUUCGAAUUUGGUUGUUCUCAGAUUCAACACAAUGUAUGCGUUUUCCUGGUUUAUUUUGGUCGUGCCAAUUCACAGUGUUGCUUCUGUGAUUCAUACACUGAAUUAUUUCCACACUGCAUCCUCUCAAGUUCCAAACUUCCCAGAGUUUGUGAGUGUCGGUUAUGUUGAUGGAGUUCAGAUUGUUCGUUAUGACAGCAACAGCAAGAAAACUGAAGCCAAACAGGACUGGAUGAACAAAAUCACAGCAGAGGAUCCAAAAUACUGGGAGAGCGAAACACACAUCAAUUUUGGUGACGGAUAUGUUUACAAACAGGACAUUGAAAUUCUUAAGAAGCGUUUCAACCAAACUGAAGGUGUUCACAUUCUCCAGAAGAUGACUGGAUGUGAAUGGAAUGAUGAGACUGAUGAAGUUAAAGGCUGGUAUCAGUUAGGUUAUGAUGGAGAAGAUUUCAUAUCAUUGGACAUGAAGACAUGGACGUGGACCGCAUCAAGACAACAAGCUUUCCCCUCUAAACUCAAGUGGGACCAGGACAAACAUCUACUAGAGGACAUGAAGCAUUACUACACACAGCUAUGUCCUAAGUACUUGAAGAAGUAUGUGAACUAUGGGAAGGAGGUCCUAAUGAGAACAGAGCUUCCAAAGGUGUUCCUCUUCCAGAAGACGCCGUCCUCUCCGGUCAGCUGCAUGGCGACAGGUUUCUACCCCGACGCUGCCGAUCUGUUUUGGAGGAAAGACGGCGAGCAGAUCUUUGAGGACGUGGAGCACGGAGAGAUACUCCCCAACCACGACGGAACCUUCCAGUUGUCGGUGCACUUGAAAGUGGAGGUGACGGCCGACGUGGAGGGCAAGUACGAAUGUGUGUUUCAGCUGUCUGGCGUCAAGGAGGACUUGGUCACCAAGCUGGAGAGAAGAAGCAUCCUGAGCAACGCAAGCCAUGGAGCGAACUUGAGCGUCACCUUCGCUGCCACAGCGGCGGUCCUCGCUGUGGUGGCCGUCCUGGCGGCCAUCAUCACCGUCAUGGUCAGGCGUCACAGAAACAGACAAGCCAAGUACGAUCCAACUGCCAAGACCGCUGAGUAGGGAUUUCUCAACGCUGAGUGAGAUGCACACAGAUGCUUUGUGCGCUGGAAGACUGAGAGAUGUCUCCAUCGCUGAGGGACGUCAACACACUUUGAGAACCUUUUUUUUUUUUUUUUUUUUUUUUUUUUUCCCAAGAUGGCGCUGCUGUAGUGGCUGCUGUAGGCAGGAGCUCUGUGUUCUUGUAUCAUCCUUUUGUGUUUCCCUCUUGUUUUCAUGUGUUAUUAUAUUUUUUUGCCUUUUGGUCCGGGACCCUUUGGGACUGUGUGACAAAGGGUGUCACUUUCGUGACCUCUGUGGUGCUUUUUUUGUGGACUUCUGGAUCUGCCUCCCGGGAGCCUUUUGGCCAUGGAGACCAGCUGCUGAGUCUCUGCCACACCGGAGUCGCUUUGGAGGGACUGGAGGAGAUGCGGAUGAGGGGACAGGGCUGCGGAGCGAGCACUGAGCGCUGGGACGGAGAGGCUUCGCGGUGUCUUGGCUGGGUGAGCAGGUGUCGGACACCUCAGUCUCCUUGGACGUAUCAUCGCUCAUCCAUGCGGACUGGACACUGGCCGGGAGUGGAGUCGGCUGUCCUGGUUGCCUUGUUGGGUCUGCUCCUGUCUCUGGCCAUCCUCCCUCCACCCCAGCGGACGAUGGCGUGGAACACCGCAGAGGCCACCACAGUGGAUAUGUUUCUUUUACUUUUUAUUCAUAGCUGUAUGUAGAAGUGUCUGGUUGUAUCUGCUGCUUUAAUGUCUUUAAUGUUCUAUGUGUUCUUUGAUGUUUGAUGUUUCCCUCUUACACACAUGUAAGAGGGGUGUGUACUAUGGCUAUGAGUUGUUGUUUUUUUCCCUUGGCCUCAGUCUGCACCCCCUCUCCAGGGCCCAGGCUAAGACCGAUUUUUUUAUUUUAUUUUAAUCUUCUAUUUCCCCCCCCCUCCCCCUUGUUUACCUGUAUCUCAUCUUUUUUUGUAAGGGGCGCUGGAAGCCGGCAGACUCGUCAGCGAUCCUGUUCUGUCUCCCUUUAAUGUUUGUCUGAUCUUGAAUGGGAUUGUGCUGAAAAUUGUAAUUUUCCUGAAGGAACUCUCCUGACGGAAUAAAUAAAGUACUAUCUAAUCUAAUCUAA